AUGUCUUACGCAACUCGCCCAAUCGGCUCACAUGUCCGUGGCUCUUCUGUUGGCCAUUCCUUGGGCGCCUCUGGCCAGUCUGCGGCUCUUGUUCAAAAGAUUGAGGACAAAAAAGCUGAGCUUGCGGCGCUGAAGCAACUUCAGCAGCUAAGCGCAGGUGUAGCUGACCAGAUGCAAAUACUGGAGGAGAAACUGUCUACAUUGGCUAAUGGUACUGAAGCUGUCGCCGCAGUACUUUCAAACUGGCAUAACGUUCUGCGUGCCAUUAAUAUGGCGUCUAUGAAGCUACCUAAGCCGAAGAACACGGAAGAGCAAGAAGAUGACGCCAAGAAAGAGGAGACACCGCUUCCACAAACUCUUGUGCGCAUUCCCACCCAGUCGGCUGCCCUUCUGCCACAGUUGUCCUCGGGAGAAACCGCCGAUUGA